UGUACGUCGGGAUUAAGCGCUCUUGACAUUGCCAAUGUGGACGGUAAACCAGACAUUCAGCUAGCGCCGAUACGAGCUGAGUUUCUUUUUAAUGCUGGUACUCGCAACGAGUAACAAGGCCUACGUUACUGUUUUAAGUGGCCGAUCAUGCAUGAAUAUUCAGGUUUUCAAGUACCAAGUCGAUCAAAUCUGCAGGUACAUGUUUCUCUUUUUUUAUACACUGAGCUCAGUGAAUGAUUUGCAAUCCGGCAGUGUUAGUGCUGUUAAGUAAUGCCUUUGUCGUAUAAUUUACUUCCAUGUUAUGUGAAUUUGGAUCCGUAUCGUUGCUGUGACAUCCACCAGGCUCUGUACACCGCACAAAGACCGUUCCACGCCGUAUACCCAUCCUGACAGCCGAGUUGAAAACCCUGUCAAUUUCCAGAGGCGACCCACCGAAAAUAACUACUCAAAGGAUCCGAGAUUGCACGAGGCGCAGCUGUUGCUGCGGGACAUACCGCCAUGAUUCUCUCCGUGAUUUGUGUCCUGUGUCAGGCGGUCGUGUCGCUUGGACUCCCGGUGCAAGAUGCGACUCUGGUUUCUCCAGGACCGAUCUGCCUGGAUCCAGAAUGCGUAAUCGACAGCGGCGUGAUCUUGAGUGCCCUCGACCAGACAGCUGACCCUUGCCAGGACUUCUAUCGGUACGCGUGCGGGGGUUGGAUGGACAAAGCGCAGAUACCGCCCUGGGACUCGAGCAUCAGCAAGAGCUUCGGGGGAUUGUAUCACGCCAACCUAAAAACCGUCAAAACAAUUCUGGAGGCCGACAGCCCCAUGUACAGCGCUCUACAGAAGGCUCGGGAUUACUACGCUGCGUGUAUGGAUCUCCAAGGGAUGGAAAAAGCCGGUGCACAGCCUUUACUUAAGCUCAUUGAAGUUAUUGGUGGAUGGAGUCUACUCCCAAGCCUGAAAUUGGAGUUCACCACCAACAAUCCACAGUUCCUGACCACGCUUAUUGCUGUGCAAAAGAUCACCGGAAGCCCGCUGUUCGACAUGGGAGUCACCAUUGACGACAAGAACUCAUCUCGUCAUAUCAUUGAGUUUGUACAGUCGGGAUUGUGGUUGGGAGCAAGGGAGUUAUACCUUGGAGGCCACGAUGAUCUCCUUGCAGCUUAUGUAAAGUUCGGUGUGACCCUUGCCAGUCUGCUGGCCUGGGAUAAGGGCCUGUCUAUCGCGGGUGACUUCCUGGUGCAGACUGAGCGAAAGAUGAAGGAGAUACUGGCCUUCGAGAUAGAGCUGGCUAAGAUCUCAGUGUCCAUGGCUGAGCUUCGCAAUCCAUGGAAGACUUACCACAAAAUGACCCUCAGUGAAUUCGCUCAACUGGUUCCAGACGUUGACGUACAGUCCUACGUGAAUGGUGUAUUUGGCAGGGAGAUACCAAUGGACGAGGAGGUCCUUGUUCCGACCUUGUCAUAUUUUCCAAAAAUGAACGAACUCACCAAACGUACACCACAGAGAACCAUCCAUGACUACGUGGUCUGGAACUUAGUCGCAUCGCUGUCUGGGUCGCUGUCCCAGGCGUACCGGGAAGCCGUGCUGGAAUUUACGUCUGCUUUUACCGGGACUAUGACGGUGGCUCCCCGUUGGAUGACCUGCGCCGGUUCAGCUAAUCAAGUGUUGGGCUUCGCCACCGGUGCUGAGUUUGUGAGGAAACGGCACAGUCUUGAAAUCAAGGACAAGAUCAAAGCCAUAGUCGAGAAUGUCCGCAAGACAUUCAUCGACAGACUGCCCAGCGUGGACUGGAUGGACAACACCACCAAAUCGCUGGCCGUGCAGAAGGCCCAGGCCAUCCAGGAAAAACUGGUGGCCCCGUCUUGGCUUGAAGAUACCAACAGGAUAGACGACUACUACAGCAAGUUGAUGGUCAACUCGAAGUCCUUCUUCAACAACAUACUGAGUGCUGGAAAGUUUUACUCAGAAAAGAACCUGGCGAAGUACGGUGAGCCGGUCGACAGAAUGGAAUGGGAUAUGGUACCUGCUGAAGUCAAUGCCUACUACACCUCCAGUAUGAACGAGAUUGUCUUCCCAGCUGGAAUUCUUCAGUUUCCCUUCUAUAGCUCGGCCUUGCCUUCGUCCAUAAAUUAUGGAAGUAUCGGCUGGGUUAUCGGUCAUGAAUUGACACACGGCUUCGACGACCGAGGACGCAAUUAUGACGAUGUUGGCAAUCUGCACAAUUGGUGGAAGAAUGCAUCCGCCCAGGCGUACAAAGAGCGUGCUCAGUGUGUUCUAGAACAGUACAGCAGUUUCAAAAUUGGCGACAAACAUGUUAACGGUUUGCUGACCCUGGGGGAAAACAUUGCCGACAAUGGUGGCCUGAGGCUGGCACUGCAAGCCUACCACAGCUACAGGGAACUGAAGGGGGGAAAGGAGACCAGGCUCCCUGGACUGCAAGACAUGACCCCCGAGCAGAUCUUCUUCAUUGGGGCCGGGCAAACCUGGUGCAAACUGGACACCCCGCAGCAUGCCGUGUUGAAGCUACUUAGUGACCCCCACUCCCCAGGAAAAUACAGGGUUAUCGGCACAUUUUCCAACACGGAGGAGUUCUCAGAGGCCUUCAAGUGUCCCAAAGGGAGUGUCAUGAACCCUGAGAAGAAGUGCCACAUAUGGUAGCGAGCCACGGAUAACGCCGACCACCAUUCAAUGGCCUCCAACAAAUAACACUUGUAUCCAGAGUUUCAAUCAAGUUCUCGCGAGUAAAUCACAGCUCAAGUCGUCACGGCUCAAAUGAAUAGACAAAGGCAUUCCUUUGUCAUUGCUUGUAGCCCUGCUUCUGUAGCUCUUAUGACAUGACUUGUGAUUUAACUUGUAAUUGAGUGGAUGACGUCAGCACAAAUUAAAAAUACCAACAAAAGUUGGGGAAACUCCUAACAACUUCUAGUUGGCAGCAGAGAAACUUGAGUUUUUGUUUUGGGAGAACAGACAUUUUCUAGCGAGCACGUUGGCCCCUGCAGACGAUUCUGUUGAACGCUUGUGGACACAUCCUCCAACUGAGUUUUGAGGUCGAGGCUUGUCCGUGCAUUGCCCAGUGGGAACGCAACAGCAGGUCUAAAUCUUUCUAAGGCUAGGUAAUUUUCUCUUGUUAAUGCUUAAUUAAAUGCAGCACAGUGGUGUACAGUCAGUGUUCCAGCUAAAUCCAUCACAAGUCCCUCCACAAGACCAAGUGAGGAGGUGACCAAUUACAGAGGGAUACUUUGGUUGCAGUUCACCUGAAUAGCUUGUGCAUUGGCUCAGGCCAGAUUUUAUUUUAAGUUGACGCUCAGAUCUGCCAACCUUCCAGAUUCAGAACUAGAAAAGAAAUAAUUUUUAUUUUGAGAAGUCUCGGACCCGCCGACCAACAAUCUAGCGAUGAAAGUUAAAGAAAUAAUUUUUUUUUGCUCCAUUGUCCAACUGACGAUGAAGUCCACGGUCCUCCCCUGCUGGCACUAGUGGUUUGGGAUACCACUUUUUUCUCUUUAUUUUUUUGAAAGAAAAUUUUAUUUGUCUCUCCAACGUGAAGAUCCUUAUUUGGUUUUCUUGAGACUGUAGAAAAUCUUUUCUUUUUUGCUGUCUUCAAAACUCUGUCUCAAAAAAGAUCUGAGCUCCAACUUAUAAAAAAAUGCUCACCUUAAGACCGAAUAACUUGUGAUGGACUAGCAGGGACUUGUAAUAGACCCAACUAUAACAUUGAACACAGUGUGGACUGCACCUCGUGGUAACUUAACCCUAACACUCCUCAGUCCUCCAACAGGUGAAGGAUUGAGGAGGGUUAGGGUUAAUGGUGACCCAACUGCAGAAAUGUAGUUUGAUGUCAAUCAGACAUCUUGGAAUAGGUCCAAAUUUCAAUUACCUUGGUUAGAAAAAGUGCACUGUGAACCUGACGCAUGUCCUUGUCAAAGCAGUGUGAUUUAAGUUUCAUUUUCUCCAA